AUGAGUGAGAAGGGAUUGCAUCUGUUGACAAAGCAAUCUAGGAUACCCUUAUCCAAAGAGAGUGCCUUGAAAUUGUGUGAUCAUUGCCUUUAUGGCAAGCAACAUCGAGUAUUAUUCAGUUUAACAAGCAAGAGAAAAACAGAAGUGCUCAGUAUGGUAUACUCGGAUGUUUGUGGCCCAAUCGAUGUGGAGUCACUUGGCGGCCGCAAGCAUUUUCUGACUUUUGUUGAUGAUGCAUCAAGGAAGUUAAAGGAGGGGCAAGACACCCAUGAUGAAUUGCAGAAGAGGAAUCUCCGUGAGGAGUUGGAGGACCGGGAGAGGAGGCAUUUCUCGUCAAAGGAUAAGUCCUAUAUUGAUGAUAGAGAUCGUAGAAAAGGGGGCCACCUUCUACUGGAAGGGUCAAGGAGGGAUGCUGAAGAUCGUCUCAUUCCACGCAAUGUAGAUGCUGACGAUGCCGAUGUGGAAGUUAAAAAUGAUGAUGAAAGUGAUGAUGAAGAGGACGAUGAUGAUGAGGAUGACACGGAAGCUCUCUUGGCUGAGCUUGAACAAAUAAAGAAGGAAAGAGCAGAAGAGAAGCUCCGUAACGAUCGACAAAAGCAAGAAGAAGAGCUUAAGGUCAAAGAAGCAGAAUUAGUACGCGGAAACCCUCUUCUUAACAAUCCGACGUCUUUUAAUGUCAAAAGAAGGUGGGAUGAUGAUGUUGUUUUUAAGAACCAGGCUCGUGGUGAAACCAAGGCUGUCAAACGAUUCAUCAAUGACACUAUCAGGAAUGACUUUCACCGCAAAUUUCUCCAUAAAUACAUGAAGUAACUCCCGCCAUGGGCGGAGCUGUGCAUGAAGUAGUGGGUUCAAUCGAACCCACUGAACUUUGAAUUUUUUUUUAGAAUUGUGUAAUAUUAUAUAAAAAAUUUAAUGGUUGAAUAUAAAUGAGACUUAUAUGGAUAUCAUUAUAACAAUCAUUGUGUAUGUCACACAUUAGAUGUUAUGUGAAAAUGUGAAAAUAUGAUGAGUGUAGUCUUGUUGAUAUAACAAA